AUGCCGGAAAUCAAGACUUUUCGAGAGUUGGGUAUCAAUGAUGAGCUUCAGAAAGCAUGUGAUAAUCUGCAAUGGAAAGAGCCGACAGCAAUUCAGAUUUUGUCUAUCCCCCCAGCUUUGGAAGGUUAUAUCAUAUAUUUAAUUUACAGAACAUUAGGCAGGAAUCUGGUCGCUCUUGCGGAAACAGGUUCAGGGAAAACUGGAGCUUAUGCACUACCCAUAAUUCAGAAAUUAAUGAGAGAUCCUCAUCCAUUCUUUGCGCUUGUGUUAGCACCAACUCGUGAGUUGGCAGCCCAGGUUCAAGCUCAAUUUAAUGCACUUGGAAAAAUUGUUGGUUUGUCUACCGUCUUGUUGGUCGGUGGUGUCCCUAUCACUCAACAAGCUGAUUUGAUGAAGAUAUCGCCUCCUCACGUUAUAAUCGGUUAG